AUGUCAGCCAUUGCCACCACCACUACGAUUGCCAACUUAGAACAACUGAAAAAACAGUUUGAAGAAAUUGAACAACAAAAAAACACUACUUCUACAUCAAAAAAUAAUAAUAAUACUUAUAGUCUCUUUCUACUAAAUAUACUAAACAACAAAUUCACAAAUAAUUUAAAUAUAUGUAAGAAAGAGUCAAUUAAAUAUAGUCUUGACUCAUUAAAUGGAUCAGUAUUGAAUGAAUACCAGGAUCAGUUGGGUUCAUUAGAGAUUAAAAGCUCAAAUAUAAAUUUCAAGACCCUGCAAUUAAUUCGGUCACAAUAUGAAAAUUAUGAAAAUAGUUUAAAGACUAGAAAAUAUAGUGUUGAUUUUGACAAUCCAUUAAAUGAGUUAGAUAACACUAGUAAUUUCACCACGAAUGACAAUGAUAAUAUGAAUGAAAUAUACAAAGAGAGAAAAGAUGAGGAAGAAUAUGAAAUUCAACAAUUAAGAAAAAGAUUACUGGGGGGAAAGAAAAGAAGCAAGAGUCUAGUUGAAAAUAAUAAUAUGGAUUCAAACAAUUCUGUGUCUGUUGAAAAACAAUUACAAAACCAUGAAAAUAUACAAGAAGAUUUGAUUCAAGAUAUGUCAAAGUUAGUAUCUAGUUUAAAAGAUGGGGCUAUAGCAUUCCAAACUGCGUUGGAUGAAGAUCAGAAGAUAUUAGGUGCUGCUGAAAUUGGUAUACAAGUGGCAUCGAAGGGGAUCUCUGAUGUUAGUGGGAAAUUGAAACAUUAUAAUAAAACUAAAUUGGGCUGGAUCUUUUAUCUCACAACGACUCUAUUUAUGAUCAUUGGUUUAGUAGUUACUUUUAUAAUAAUUAAAUUAUUCCCUGCAUUGUAA